UGGAAGGAGAAGGUAAUAACAAUAAUGGUAGCGCACUGUUUCUGAGAGGCGAACUGUGAAGUAAAAGAGGGCAUUGUUCAAUGGUUCCUGAUCUGGUUCCAGUCCUAGAUGCAGGGUGUCAGGCCAGUGGUGGAGGUGGUCCGUCUUGGCCUGGUCACCUAUCAGGAGGCUCUGCGGCUGCAACAGGUCUACGUGAACAGGCACCAGUCUGGUCCAGCUCAUGCUCUGCUGCUGUGUCAGCACCCACCAGUCUACACAACCGGGAUCCGGCACAAACCCUACCCCACCCCCAUGCUAGACCGACUCUGCCUGCUUGGGGCCGACAUCCAUCGAACCAACCGAGGAGGACUCAUCACAUUCCAUGGGCCAGGACAGCUGGUCUGCUACCCGGUCCUGAACCUGGGCAGCUUCAAGAAGAGUGUUCGUUGGUACGUCUGCAAGCUGGAGAAAACCAUCAUCUCGGUCUGCAGCAGGUUUGGUAUAGAAGCGUCCACAUCACCUCACACUGGAGUUUGGGUCGGAGACAACAAAAUCUGUGCCAUUGGGAUCCACUGUGGACGAUACAUCACGUCUCAUGGUCUGGCUCUGAACUGUAACACUGACAUGUCGUGGUUCAGCCACAUCGUACCGUGUGGCAUUGAAGGUAAAGGAGUGACGUCGCUGAGUGCUGAGCUGCAGAGAGACAUAAGCGUGGAGGAAACCAUCCCUCACCUCCUGGACGCCUUCAGAGAGCAUUUCAGCUGUCAGCUGACUGAUGGACAAACACCUGAAACUGAGAAGGACAACAGAGGAUCAUCAGCGUAGAAACUGACCUGAAGGACUUCCUAUAAUUGAUAUGAUAAACUGGUUGUUGUAAUAUUUUCAUCAGUUUAAUAUCUGUGUCUUCAGCACAGAAAGAUGUCAAGAGUGUGUAUUACAAAGAAUUUGCACCUUGACAUGUCCUUAAUUUUCCAUUUAAUGUUCUGAUUCAGGGUUGGCUUUGUAACUUGGCAAAUAUUGCAGUGCUGAGUCCAUAUUUAGAGUUGAUUGAUUAUUGAAUAAUUAUUGGGUGCUAAUAAAUGGCUUUUGAUGA